AUGGCCCUGUGGACACGCCUCCUGCCCCUGCUGGCCCUGCUGGCCCUCUGGGCGCCCGCUCCUGCCCAGGCCUUCGUCAACCAGCACCUGUGUGGCUCCCACCUGGUGGAGGCCCUGUACCUGGUGUGCGGGGAGCGAGGCUUCUUCUACACGCCCAAGGCCCGCCGGGAGGCGCAGGACCCGCAGGCGGGCGAGGCGGAGCUGGGCGGCCUGCAGCCCCUGGCCCCGGAGGGCCGCCUGCAGAAGCGGGGCAUUGUGGAUCAGUGCUGCACCAGCAUCUGCUCCCUGUACCAGCUGGAGAACUACUGCAACUAG